AUGGCACCCGCCUCGGAAAAUACGCUUAAUCCUUACCUUACCUCUUCUAUCCUACAAGACGAGGAAGAUGAUGACGGCCAGCUUACUCCUCUCUGUCAUCCAGAUGGACAUGUCGAGUCCUCAGGUUCCUUCUUCUCUCGUGUUAAGCAUAGUAUCACCAGUUCUCCGCUCGGAAGUAUUCUCGGACACUCUAGUUCAACUUCUCUUCGCUCUAAUAACUCGGAAUCGAAGGGAAAUGAUAGCAACGUCAAGGCAAAUCUUGGAGUUCAACGGGACGACUCAAAUUCUGUAACACCACGUCGCUUAUCUAUUAUCAAACACGCCUUCCUACCUAUGCCUGGUCGCUCGCCUUCGCAUUCUCGCUCAGCUACUGUUAGCUCCACUCAGUCUGAUAUUUCUACGGACUCCAGCUCUCGCUCUGCUUGCACAUCUUCGUUCUUGCCUGCAUGCUUUUCACCGGCCUCACAAGCUUCGCUGCCUACUCUUGCCACGUCUGUUCACGAUAGCGACAAUGAAGACAAAUGGUCUCCUACCUUGAGGUCCCCGUCAGAUGCACAGGAAACGCCUCCUCUCACUCCAGAUAUGCCUCAGCAAGCAGUGGUUUCUUAUCCGAACUCAGAUGGCGCAUAUAGGCAGAGAAGGUCUCACAGAUCGGCCUCUAUCUCCAUUAAGGAUGAUGGCAAUCCAUCCUCGGGCUCAGACAGUAAGAAGGGAAAGAGUCCUGCCACACCGUUUCCGUAUGAUACUCUCAUAGCAGACAUUAGUCCUCCUACUGCUCCAAACAGGACAAAAGAUGAAGAUCUGAGUCUCUGCGAUGAUAACGCUGAAUGGUGGGGUCUGGAAUAUACUCUUGAAAUGAGUCGCAGGGAUAGUCGCGCGUCGGAUUCUUCGACGAGUACAACUGGAGAACACUCAAAGAGCCGCGAGUCAUGGGCCGCAAUACACCAGGGUGCUGUUCCACCGGUCUACGCCGAUGCGAAUUACCAGGAUUGGCAACGCUGGCAUCGUGCUCUAGAUAAAAUUGAGAUACGCCGUCGCAGAAAGCGCACUAUCGAUUUCCUUGAAGAAUCGGAACACCUUGCUGGGCUGUUUGUUGACGAAAUGCUUGCUCAGCGUGCAGUCCAGAUUCAUGAGGAGCUACUCACAGAAGAUGAAAUUUACGAUGCCCUGGUGUGGGUUGAAUAUGCUAGUGAACGCCGACCAGACCCAUUCUUCCCACCGGAAAGGCAUAGCCUGGGCUGGGUACUCAAAAGCCACCGCUCAAUUGCAUGCUUGCGCGAGCUACAAGAAACGCCAGCCGAUGACGAGUAG